CUCCCCGCCUGUGUGCUGCUCUGCUAAGCGCGAGGUCCGGUAACAGUAGCUUCAAAACUUUACCUUUGAGGGCGCUGCUUGUUCGGUUUGUUAUGUGAACACAGUUCAGAUUAAGUGUUAUAUCUUAAACAAAGCUGGAGUUUUAUAUGUCAGGACGAAAUUUCGGAGUGUCCAGUUUUCGCCAGUUGACCUAAAGGACGACGGUGGGAACGUGAAAGUCACUGAAGGAGAGAUACAGCUACAAGUGCCAAGAAUCCUUGACUCAGGCAGCAGCUGCAGUGGUCAUGGCAGUGUAGAAUCUUUCUCAUUGUGGCCUCAACGGUGACCAGAUUGCAGUAUGAACUCAGAACAGCAAAGCGCAUCAUCAGUGUUGGAGAUGACAUCAACAACUUCCCUCCUCCCUACAUCUUCAAGUGCGACGUCACUGCCACUUCUUGAAGACAGCGAUUCCUCAACUCAGGAUGACAAACAGCAGGAUGGCUGGGAGGUGGUUAAAGACUUGCAGGAAGCCACAAGCAACGUGCAGAAACCAGGCAAGCAAGAGGGCUUCCUGCUCAAGAAAAGGAAAUGGCCAAUGAAAGGCUGGCACAAGAGAUACUUUCUUCUGGAGAAGGGCAUUCUAAUGUAUGCCAAAACAUUAGCAGAUUUGAAGAAAGGGAAGCUGCGUGGCCGCAUUGAUAUUGGCCUUUCCGUUAUGUCCAUCAAGAAGAAGGCCAUGUGCAUCGAUCUGGACGCAGAAGACAGCAUCUACCACUUAAAGGUGAAGUCACGGGAUCUGUUUGAUGAAUGGGUGCGGCAGCUGCGGAAUCAUCGAGUGUUCCGUCAGAACGAGAUUGUAAUGGACCCUCAGGAGCGUCAGCAGCACUCAGACUCCACCUCCAUCCGCCGGCGAGCUACUCUCUCGAAGCAGCCAUCUCUCUUGUUGAAGAACAGUUGGCUACAGAGCUCUGAAGAUAUGAAGAAAUGCUGUAGAGAUCUAUCAGAGUGUGAGUUGUCUCUGCUGGAGCUGAAUCUGCUGCUGAAGAAUAUGGAGGUCUUACAUCGUACUUUCUCUGCCCCUGCCAUAAACACGCUACAGAGUGAAGGUUCUAAGAAGGACAAGAAAGGACCCAAGAGGUGGAAGUCUAAAAGUCACAGGAAACAUGGCAAAAGCACACUGCAGGCUUCUGGCUCUAAGUCAUCUCGCCUGCAUGUUUCAAACCCAAAUCUGACCUAUUCAGAGCCAAAUAGCACAGAUCCCCACCUAGAAACCCCAGACUCGCCCACUGAUGCUUCACAGCUACAAGAGAACUUCUGCAGACUGGCCAACACCAUCCAUGCCACCCUGAAGUCUGCCUACACUUCUUUGUGUGCGGAGAGAGACAGAGUCAGAAACACUCUAGAAUUAAAGAGCAUCCAUGAAGCGGAUGUGGUGGACGGGCACCACCCACUACUGCAGCAGGUGUCCAAUGAGAUUCGAGGGUCAAUCCCAGAGUCGCUGUCUGAGUUUUUUGAUGCGAAAGAGUACCUGCUGUCUGCCAGCUCCUCUGAGAAUGAGGCCUCAGAUAACGACUCCUGCUUAAGUGAUGUCAGUGAUAAUGUCUCUGUGGACUUCUGCACCAGUGAGGCAGGGACCGAGAAGGAGGAUGAAGGCAGCACCAGUGUUAGCGUGGUGUCUCGGCGCUCUCGGCUGCCCAGCGCGUGUAUGAGUGAGGGUGUGAAUCUGUGGAGCAUUCUCUAUUCAAACAUUGGUAAAGACCUCUCUAAGGUGUCCAUGCCUGUCCAGCUGAACGAACCCAUCAACACAUUACAGCGACUAGGUGAGGAGAUGGAGUACUGCCACCUGCUGGACACUGCUGCACACACACACGACCCGCAUAUGCGCAUGGUGUAUGUUGCAGCAUUUGCAGUGUCAGCUUAUGCGUGCACAUUCACCAGAGCAAAAAUGAAACCCUUUAACCCCGUACUGGGGGAGACCUAUGAGUGUGAGCGUUUGGAUAAAGGCUUCCGCUUCAUCUCCGAGCAGGUCAGCCACCACCCUCCUGUGUCUGCAUGUCACUGCGAAUCCAAAAACUUCACUCUGUGGCAGGAUGUCCGAUGGAAAAACAAAUUUUGGGGCAAGUCUAUGGAAAUCUUACCCAUGGGAACCAUCCACAUAGAGCUGCCACGGUUUGGAGAUCAUUAUGAGUUGAACAGGGUUACAUCCUGCAUCCACAACAUCUUAAGUGGUCAGCGUUGGAUAGAACACUACGGCGAGAUGACCAUCAAAAACACAGCUUCUGCAGAAAGCACUGGCCUUUGCAAAGUCACCUUCUUUAAGUCAAGUUCUAGAGGUCCAAACACUAACAAGGUGGAGGCAGUGGUUACAGAUGCUGAGGGGCGUGUGGUUCAUUCGAUCUUUGGUAAAUGGAACGAGGCUUUGUAUCUUGGAGACCCUCCCUCAGCCAUCUGCAUCUGGAGAGCAAACCCCAUGCCAGAGGACUACGAGCAGUACUAUGGAUUUACUCAUUUUGCAAUUGAGUUGAAUGAGUUGGAUGAGAGCAUCAGACCUUUCUUACCCCAAACAGAUACACGCUUCAGACCAGACCAGAGGUUACUGGAGGAGGGGAACAUCACAGGAGCGGAAGAACAGAAAGAGAGGAUAGAGGCGCUCCAGAGAGAGAGGAGGAAAAUUCUACAGGAGAACAACAUGACACACACGCCUCGAUUCUUCAAGCGAGCAGAAGAUGACUCAUGGGUCAGCAAUGGCACUUACUGGGAGUUAAGGAAAGAUCCUGGCUUCAGCAAACUGGAUUUUCCUUUGUUGUGGUGACCAAACAGGACUUCCCCCUGCACUGCUCACCUCUGCUGUAACCAAAUAUGGGAUUGUUUCCUCUAAGUGAACUGGUACUUAAACACUGACUUUCAAAGCCUUUUCACUUAUUCUACAGGCCAAAAGUAUGGAAGCAAACAGUGACUUUUUAAUAUUUUACAUAGAUUUCACAAUAAAGUCAAUUUGCCUUCAGUGAA